AUGAACAACAACAAUAUAAGAAGCUCAAACACGAAUCCAAAAGGAGUCAAUCCGAUGAGCUACCAGAAACAAUCGGGUAAGUAAAAUUUAACUUUUAGUUUAUUAGUCUUCAUUACGGUUUCCAUUUGAAAUGUAUAUAGGUGUUGGAGAUAUGUACUCGUAUUAUUAUCAUUACCAUAAUCAUUCAUUUGGAGUAUGAUGUUCAUUUAAUAUCUAUCUCCAAAAACCUUUUAAGUGUUUCAUAUUAUAAUAUGUAGUGAAUAGUAAACAUACAGAUUUAAAUAUAGUAGGUAAAUUGUACACAUUUAAUUUUUAAGAUUUUCUGUAACGGUAAAAUGCCAGAUGAAGUUUUUGGCAUUUGUAUUCAUUGUCAUGUUGAUGCCAAAGGUUGUUUCAUUUUAUGUGUGGACAGGUAAAUGAUAAUUGAUUCCAAGGAUUUAAUUGAAUCUAUCAUUUCAUUUCAAAAUUCAAAGUUUUAAAACUGUUAGGUAUAUCAUAAUUUGCUUGUACAAAAUGAAAUGUUGCAGCACAUGUCAUUGCUGUUCGUAGACACGCCAGAACUAUUUUUAUUUUCAGUUUUAAUGUAUAUUUUAGUUUUAGGUAAAGCAUGUUUCUCAAGUACAGUAAUUUUAGAACACGAGUAAACAUUUUUAAUAAUAAUUAGGUAAACCAAUGUUUAUUACUAAAUGUGACUAUUACUUGAUUAUUUUAUUGUUUCUUUUAACUUUGUUUUUAAAAAUUUGGUAUUUUCUUAUCUCAAUUAUUCAAAAAAUGUAGGAAAAAUAAGUAAUAAUAAUAUGCAAUAAUUAACAUGCACAUUCCCUUAUUUUACCUAUCUCUCACCACUUUAAAUUGUAAUUACCUAUGAUAUUUUGUCAUUGUAGGUGUACCUAAUCUAUGUAGUUCUAACUUUUUCCUGGAUUUUCAUUUCUUGUUCAUUAGUUUUUUUUAUACCAAACUUAAAAAUGUACAUAACUACAUAGCAAUAUAUCAUGUUUUUAUUAUAUUAUUUGUCUAUUAUAUUGUGUGUCUACAAUAUACAUUUUUAAAUAAUGUGUUGGUAAUCCUAUUGGUGGUCUGACCAAGAUAAAGCCAAAUUUUAGAUUGGUUGUAUAUUUACGAUCUAAAAAUUUGACAAAUAAAACAAUAAUUAUAGAUAUCCAUUAAAUAAAUAACAUUUAAUAUUAAUAAGAUUCUCAAAAUUAUAUGUAUUUUAUAUUUUAUACUUAAUUAUUUCAAAUCGGGGACUUACUGACCAAAAUUCAAUUUGAACUAAAGAAAAAAAUAUUCAAAAAUAUGUAAAUGCAUAGAAAUCCUAGCCUUUUUCAUUACCACAAAUGAUUAUGUAUUGUAUACAUAUUAUUGUACCUAUAUGAAAGUAAGGUAAUAAUAUUCUGAUGUUUACGAUGUGUUAAAAUAAUAUGUCAAAUUAUUAUUUUAUAUCUAAUAUAAUGUUUUGAAAAAUCAAUAUUUAACAAGAUACCACUUAUUAAAGUAUCCAGCAGAAUUUAGUUAACUGAAUGAAAUGGAAAAAAUUAACAAGAGUGUUGUGUGAUAAAAAAAAUGACAUUUAGGAUAAAAGGAAUAUUUUAUAAAAAUGAUGUAGGUAUCAGUGUUGGGCAUUGAAUAAGAGAAAUUAAAUACAAAUUGAUAUAAUAGAAAUGUGAAUGUUUAAGUGGAUUUUAUCAGGUUGAAUAGGAUUAGAAAUAAAUAGUUGGCUGAUAAGAGGAUUGUAGGACAUUAGGCAUCCCCUGAUAGGUAAUAGGACUUUUUAUACCGCAAUCUUUUUAUUUAUUGAGUAUAUAAGAUGUACCUAAUAAUGACAAUAAUAUAAAUAAUAAUAAUAUGAAGAAGUAGAAAAUAAUUAGAAAUAUUAAAUUUAAUGUUUGAUAAGAUAACAUAGUACCUACUAUUUUGAAGAAAACUAUUUAUUAGAAUAAUUCUUUACGAUUUUGUAUUAAAUUCUGUUGGAUCAUUUUUUCUUGUAAAUCUUGUAAAUUUUAGAAACCGUGAGUUAACCGACAGAAUUUUGCUGGUUUACAACACAUGUAACUACUGGUUAAUGCUAACCAGACAUGUAAGAAUAGUACUAUGCCUUGUAUCAUUAUUUUUUUUUUCUUGAAAAAUAAAAAAACAGUUAUUUUAAUUUGAAUUGCUAUUUUCUGAUGCUGAUGUUCUAAAACCCGUAAAUAUCACCUGCAAUGCUUGGUGUCAAUUAUUUACAAUUUCGCACAAUCUAAAAAUAUUGGGCAUAGAUAACUGAAAUGUCCGUUAUCAAUAAAUUUAUUGGACAUCAAAAGUCUGAAUAUUGUAUAAUAUACAACUAGAUAUUUUUAAGUUUAUAAGUAUCAAGUAAAGCUGGAAAAUGAGAUAAAAUUAGAUAGUCAAGAAAUUAAGUGAGUUAAAUGUAGUUGCAAUUUGGAGAAGAGAAGAUGUUGCCCAAAGAAAAUAUGACUAGAGGUUAUUUGAAGUGGUAUUUCAAAAGUAUAUAGAGUAGAUAAGAAAAUGAUUGUAGGUAUAGUGAUGUUCAAGGGAUUAAUAAGAUAAAUUACCAAACUAGUAUGUGUUAAAGAUAAAAAGGAAAAAAAAGAACCAAGCUAAUAUGAAAUAAUUUCAAAUAUAUAUACAAAUUUAUAUUUACUUAUAAAUAUUAACUGUAUAAUAAAAUAGCCUUUAUUCAAUUAUCAAAAACCCUCCAACCCUCUGAUUCUGUUAAUGUGGAUCGUCUGAUACAAAUGAUCUUCAAGUUUUUACUACCUGACCAAAUCUUUCAAUAAAAACAGUUUGGAUCUAUCUUGAGUUUUUUUGCAAUACGGGUCCAGUUUUGUAUUGUAUAAUGGAUGUUAAGAAAUACAUAUUUUUCUACAAACCAAUCAAUCCUCUCUAUAUCUUUACCCUUCUAGCUGUCCCGUAUGAGCGCAGCUCAAUCAAUUACUACUUUAGCCACAACUGAAUUUUAUGAUUUUAAAGAUUUUAUUUGCCAAUGUGUAUUUUAUCUACUCAUUUCUUGACAUUUUUUUUGUAUGUAACAAUACUAAGUUCAGGUCUGAUAAAAUAUAAUAAUAAACUUUUAUAAAUAAUUAUUUUCAUACUAAUAUUUUAUGUUUAUGUUUGCUGUGAGCUAUGUAACAAGUAUUUGUAUAGAAUACACAAGUAAUAUUUGUAAAUUUGUCAAGCAGAAUAGUCAGAUUUAAAAUAUUAGGUAUAAUAUAAAUAAAUUAUAAAUUUAUAUUAUGUUUAUGUACCUAUAUAUUUUUAUUUUUAAUAUAUUUGCAAGUGUUGACUAAAUAACUUAAUGUGCCAUUUAUUUGUAAUAAAUAAAGACUAAAACCACUAGCAACAAUCAGUGUACAGAUGUUAAGUAAUCGUGGAAAUCUUGGUGAUCAUUGGGAAAAUCAUAGUAUUCUAGAAUACAGUGUACACAAUAGUAAUCAGUGAUUUACCCUCUGGUAAUAAAUAUUCUUAAUGAUUCUUUUAAUUUUUUUUAUUACAAAAUUCUCACUUAUAGUUUGAUAAAAUACUUUAAAAGCAAAAAUUGAAAGAGUGGGCUCAUAUGUGACAGCUCGCGUUAUAAUCAAAUACAUGUCUUGCUGACGGAUUAAUAUUAAGUUGACUUAAAUAUUUUAACAAUAAACUACAGAGUAUUACAGGUAAUUGAUUUUGAUAAAAAAAAAAAAUUAAUAUUACAGUUACAGUUUUGGUUAAAAUUUUAUCAACUAUCAAUACUUACCUAUUUAAAAAUAAAUUUAGGUAUAAUGUUGUUCUAUUCUUGUGUGUAUACCUUAUAUUUUGUUUUAUAUAUAGUUAUAUAGGUAUUCAUAAUAAAUAAAAUAUAAUUUUAUCUAAAGAGAUAGACAUUAUUUUGAUUAGGUGGACAAGUGGUAAAGACAUGGUAAAACAGUAUAUUCACUAUUAAUGGCCGAGUAACAUGCUGCCAUACAAAUGAUACUCCACUACUACUCUUCCCCUAUUUAAACCUUAUAAAAGUAGAGUAUCUUAUCAACAGGAAUCAAUAAUUUAUUUAAACUAAAACACCAUCUAUUUAUUAAAUUUUUAGUAUAGGUUCUCAUUUGAAAAAUUAAAGUUGGUAUCGCCACAGGAUACUCCUUAAAUGUUAUGAAUAUUUGAUAUUUUAAUAUUUGAAAAUAUUUGUUUUAACUAAAGUUAAAAAUUCCAAAAGUUAGAAUUUGAAUAUAUGCAAAAUUUUAAUAUAAAAAUGAAUUGAGCAUGCUUAAUGAAUCACUCUGUAAAAUUUAUCUAAUAGUUAAUCUUUUUCAAUCAACUUUUAGAUACUUAAUAUCAACUACAAAAAUUUACCUAAAUAGGUUACCAAUCUAUAGGUAUAUCUUAAAUUAUUAUUUGUGGAACAUGGUAAUAUAUAUUAAAAUAAAACACCUGUGUGUCCACAAUAUUAUAUUGAUGAUAUUUAUAAAAAUGUAAUAAUUGAGAUGUACAUAUUUUGUUUACUAUCAAUUAUAAUGAUAAUGAAAAAAUAACUAAAAGAACCUAAAAAUAUUGGUUCCGAUAUAUGGGUCAUAUAGCCUGUGUUCUUCGAUGUAUGAAUAUAGAUAUAAAUAGGGUAGCAAAACCAUGGUGAAAAAAAAUGUUGAUUGUUAAUAUAGCAAUGUUCGUUUUAAAUUUUAAUGAGAAUCAUAAAAAAAUCUUGAUAAGUAUUUUAUAUAUUAUUUUUUGAUUCAUGAGAAUAUAAUUUUUUUUUUAAAUUUAUAUAAUAUAACUAUAUAUUAUUAUGUUGAAUUUAAAAUAUAGGUAAAAUUAAAAUUUUAUGUACUAGAUAUAUUUGUAAUCAUCAUACAUUUUUCUGUGCCAACUUCUCCAAAAAUAUCUUUUAAUUAACCAUCAAUUCAUAUUCUAACCCAACAUUUUAGAUUCUGAGUAGAGUAUGAAUUUGUUUUAUGUAUAUUUUUAUUUUAUUUUAUUUAUGUAAAUAACUUAUUUACCUGAUUUUUCUUCGAGUUUCAAGUGUAGCACUUUUUCUAAAAGAAAAUUUGACUGGAAUGGUACUUUAGGGAAGGGAUUUUUUGAUAUUUUUUUUUUUAAGGGAUUUAUAAUAAAUAGGAAAAUAUAGAAAAAUAAUGAAAUGUAUUAUUUUUAAAUAGUAAAUAUUACAGCCUUUCAAAACAUCUAUAACACUCUGAAUCGUUUUUCGUUUGCUUUAAAAUUUGCAUCCAAAUAUGCAUUAAAUUCCAUUCUAUAUCCUACCUUCCCAACUUAUGACCUACAACAGUAUUACCUACAAAUCUACCCAUCAUGCGAAAUCUGUCCAUCUGUUUUUUAUUUUAAAAUAAUUGAAAUUAGGUAUGGAACAUUUAAAAUUUAAAUGCUUACAUAAAAGAUUGUAGAUAUAAAUAUACACUAUUGUUUGUAAUUUUGAGUUAAAUUUUUAGUACGAAAAUAAUAAAAAUAAUCUUUAGUUUUUUUCCUCAAUUCAUCUGUGUAGCGUACAUGGCGGAUUUGCUAAUAACAGUUUAUGCCGUACUCAUAAAUUUAAAACAUUGAUUUUUUUAAAUUGCCAUUCGUAUAAUCAUACCAAUCAUGAUUAGUUAUCUACCAGAAACUCGAUUUAAAAAUCAGAUAAAUAAAAGCAUUGAUGAUAUUGAGAACAUAGUCAGUUUAGUUGAUUACUUAUAAAGAUAAACAAUUUUGAAAGUGGUGUGAUAUGUAUUUAAUAUAAUAUCAUUGAAAUAUAUGAUCACGCCAUAAUUAUUGUUUAUCUACAGCCUGUAAUUUUAUAACUAUUGUUCAUGGUUAUAAUUUCUGGUUUGUAUGUUGUAUUAUUAAGCCUAUAACUCGUGCAAUUUUUUCAUGUUUUUGAAUACUAGUAGUAAGUAAGUAAAAUUUAAUUUAUAUAAUUUAAAAUAUAUAUUUUAAUGUAUAAAUAUUUAAUUUAUGUAUUUUAUUAAUAUGAGGUAGGUAUUUAAAAUAUAAAUAUUGGUGUAGGUAGGUACCUUUACUACUAUAGUAAAGGCAUAGUAAUUAUUUACAAAAGUUGUAUAUUUUUUUUGUGUGUACCAGAAUUUUGUUUAACAUUUUUGAGUUUGAUUAAAAAAAAAAAAAAAAAAGUAAAAUAAUUUUGUUCAAUAAUCCAGUCCUCAAACUGAAUCAGUUUUAGUUGUUUUGGGCAAAUUAAUUUCAUUAACCUAUCGUUAACAAAAAAUGUGUUAUAUUUUUUUUUUUUUUUAAUUUACAAUGUGUUCAUUGUCAUAUUACUAACAAAUUACAAUUUGUGUAUAUUUGAAUUAUUAACAUAUCAAAUGUUUACUGUUGAACACUUGUUUGCAUUUUUCCUUAGCACAAAAUAUUUAAACGUUAGUUGCUCUAAACAUUAUUCUCCAAAAUAAAAUAUUACAUUAUUAUUUUAUUUAUUGUAGUUCAGUUACAAAACUACAUUAAUAAGAUAUUAAUAAUACUAUUUAAUACAAAAAUAAUUUGUCUUUAGGUAUGACUCAAAACCGAAUUGAAAAAAAAAUAUAAUAAACAAAUUAAAAUUUAAACACUUAAAAAACAUUGUAAUUGUAAUAUUUUGACCAAAAACGUAAUUCAAUUAUCCAUCUAAAUUGAGGAUAUUUUUUUGAGAGAAACUUUAUUUUGUUAGUGUAAUCGAGGCUCAUUUUCAUCAAUUUUUCUGUAACUUUUUAAAUAACCAAAAGGAAAACUCAAACAAAUGAUGAAAUAUGGCAAUGUUUAAUGUUACUGUAAAUAAAUACAAUUAGUUAAUUUUAAACAUUUUUUUUUUUUUAUAUAUCUUAAUUAUACAAAACAUGCUAUACAGAGUAGGUUAAGUUAGGUAUUUAGUUACCUACACACAGCAAUAGACUUGUAUGCAUCUACACAGAACAUUCACACGUUCCGGUGGGUGGAGUUUCAUUUCAAGGACAUAACCCUGGGGAUAACAGACUGUGUAAUUUUUAUUGGCUACCUUCGAAAUUCAUAUUUGUUCUCUUUUAUACCAAGCUCUAUAUCAACCUAUCUCUUGAUCCGUUCAGAUCGACCACAUCUUCCAGUUCUCGAUGUUGAAUUUUCCGUUUAAACGUAUAAGUCAAUGCACGCAGAUUGCAGAUUUUGCAUCAAUUUUACCGGGGCAUUUGAAUUACGUCAACGAGUUCUCAAUGAACGGGUCCGAGUUCCGUUCUUGUUAAUGCUGGUACACACAUUUUUUUUCCUAAAUUAUUUCAUUAUUUUCGUUCAAUUCAAAAUAACCUUUGCACAAUGUUUUGUUUUAAACACGGGCACUUCUGAACAUUGCCAUUUAAAAACAUUUAGAUAACAAAUUUGUAUCCAUUAAUAGAAUAUAAUUGUUUUAUUUGUUCACUAAACAUAUAAAUUAUUUUCAUGAUUUUAGAUUCUGAACUGUGCGAGGAAUUUAUUGGUUUUUUACAAUGACGUUUAUUAUUAUUAUUUUUUUUAUGUAUUAUAAACACUUUUUACUAGACAGAUUACUCCGAUUAUCAAGUAUAGCAUCUUUUCUAAAAGGAAAUGUUUUCUGGAUGGUACUUUAGAGAGGUUAUAUUUUGAAAUUCUCAUUAAUAUUCGAGAUAAUGAGGAAAACCUCGGUCUCUUUAGGUUAAAAAAGAUUGAAAGAUUAAAAAUAAGGUUUUCAUUGGCAACCGUUUUUAUUUAUUUUUUGUUAUUAUUAAGUUUUUAUUAUUUUAAUCUUUUUUAAACAAUCAUUGUCAUGGAAACGUACAUUGCAACACUAUCAACUGAACUCUACUCAGAAUCGUUAUUUUUGUUAGAAAUGGUUUUUCGUUGUUUAUAGAUAUACAUUAAAUUCCCGUCUGUUUAUUAAACUCCUAUCUUAUUUUUUGACUUACGCGUAUUGCUAAUGUAGACCUCUCCUUUAAAUACUUCUAAAUUAUCACUAACUGGGUCUCCUACUCUAUAUUGCUAUUUAUCUUGUAUUAUAUAAUAGGUUUAUGUAUGUCAUUAUUACUAUUCAAUUAAUAACUUAUUCAUUCUUCUGUAUUCUCUCGUCGGCCUGUUUUGUUAUUAAAAAUUUAAAAAAAGAGCUGAUACUGGGGAUGGGAGUGGCCACUGUUGUAGGUGAGAAGUUGAAAGUCAGGAUACAUGAGAUUAUUUCAUUUAUUUCUGUAAGCAACGAUAAACCAUUGCUUGAUGAAAAACGAUUCUUAGCGCAGUUUGGUAGAACAUAAUUUUAUAGUGCCGUAAUUUUUUUUUUGCUAAUUUCGUUUAAAUUUGAGUUCAAAACGCUUAUUUAAAAAAAAAAAAAAAGUCCUAUGUUUUUAGAAAUUUUACCACGUCUAUGUAAAUCCAAUAUAAUCUGUUACUAAGUUUUAAGUCUAUGUGUACUUAUCACCGAAUUGCAGCAAAAACUACCAAAAUUAAAAUUCCUAAAAUGCUCAAAAGUUUUGUCGAUGAUACAGUAAGAAAGUAAAUCAAAAAGGUGUCUUGUGAUUUUUCAAUUAAAUCAUUUUUUGUGGUAGAAAACGUCUGUGUUUUUAUAAUAUUAUGAAAUCGUAAAAUUGUACGUUUCCUACGUUUUUUCCCACUUAAAAUUACUUCAUUAAAAUACAAUCUAGACAACUAAUCUUUUAAAAAAGUUGAUACUCGUAAAAAUCGAAGCAAGUCCACUAGGAAACUAAGUGUCCACAGACAAGAAAAAUAAAGAAAUAAACAGCUUUAUAAAACCAAUAGCUCCCUCGCUAAAUUGUCUUUAAUCUAAAAAUUAAAUAAUACUCCAGUUAACGUAUUCAUUCAUUAAUUUAUUUUUUAUUUAUAUAUUUAUUCACCAGAAUUACUAUUUUAAUAAUUUUUUUUUUAACGUAUUAUUUUAUUUGAUAAAUUUCCUAGAUUUUCCCGUUUUCCUAUAUUGUUUCCUAAUUAUUAUGAAAACCACUUGUAAAAUCAAAACAUGACCGAAUGUACCACACAAAAAAUUUCCUUUUAGAAAAAAUUCUAUAUUCUGAAAAUCAGAGCAGGAUUUCCUGUAGAAAAAUAUUAAAAGAUCAAAGAGAAAAAUAAAAAUAAAACAUUUUUGUAAAAUUAAUAUAUUUCGUGCAUUGCUUGAAAACUAAAAUAAUUUUUGGAAAUUGAGGACGUAAAUUCGGAAACGUAGUUUAGCUGACCAAGCAUCACGCUGAAUUUAAAUAGGUUCUAUUUAUUGAACACAUAUUGCUAGAAAAAAACAAAGAAUUAGUCUAAAUUGCUAUGUUGCUAUAUGUGUUUCAAUUUGAUAAAGAAAGAUAACGGAAUCCCGUUCUCUUACAAAUCUUUAUAAGAGGACGCUAUAUCUGCAUUUACCUUCUUAGUCUAACUACCAACCAACAAAGUAAAAUUACAUUGCUUGGAACAUAAAUUGUAGUAGAGAAAGAAACACAACUUAUGAAUCUGACACUAAGAAUCGUUCGUUUGAAAUGGUUUAUCAUUGCAUGUAGAAUGUAAACUAAAUUAUCCCAAGAACAAAAUCAAGUAUAGAUUAUACACAGUUGUACAUGCCAUCAAAAAUGAUAACAGCUAAUAACUAUCUACGGUGAUGUAAACGUUCAGUUUUUUUGGUGUACAGUAAGAUAUCUAGAUAUCUAGUAGUUUAUAUCUAUGAUAUAAAGUAUAAACUCUGAUUUCAACCUGAAGAGAACGCUAUACCCGCAUCUAUUGUCUCUAUUCAACUACUGAGCAACAUGCAAAAACAAUGUUUACGCAAGUCGCCGACUAAGUAAAACUAGCUUAAUUUUAAUUUUAGAAUAAAAGUACCUCUUAUGAAGUUUAUAGAGAACAAUAUUUUUGAGGGAAUUUCAUAGGUGUUAAAUAAAUUAUAAGCUUAUACAAAUUAUAAAACGUUACAAUUAUUAAAAACUAAAAAAAAAUGGUUUAUGAGUCUUUUAUAUUGAGCUGUAUAUUUAGAAUAAUACAAACACUCGAAAUAAAAAUAUACUUUUAUUAACAUUUUAUAAUGGGUACUUUUACUCAAAAAAAAAAUUAAGCUAGUUUUACUUAGUCUGCGUAAGUAUUAGUUUUAAACAGUACUCGGUAGUUGAACUAAAAUAUUAUAUGCGGGUAUGACGCCCUCUUAAGGUUGAAAUCAGAGUUUAUACUAUAGAUUUAAAAUACUAGAUAGAUAAUAUUUUACUGUACACGGAGAUAUUGAAUGUUUACGCGUCACCCUCGAUUGUUAUUAUUAGUUAUAAUUUCAUCACACGUGUUUUAUUUUUGAUAACAUGUACUGUGUAUGAUUUAUAUUCGGUUUUGUUCUUGGGGUUAUUUAGUUUAUAUUCUUUAUAUAAUGAUAAACCAUAACAAUCGAACGAUUCUAGGGGGGGGGGUAUUAAUCGUGUUAUUUCCCUUGUCGACAAAGUAACUCAAAAAUGAAUAAAAGAAAAAAUACUUACAAAAAAAAAAACCUGGGCUACAGUGACCUGUAGUAAAUGUUGAUCAAUUUUUAAAUUGAAAUAUUAUCAGCCGGAAAUAUCAUAUCUUUUAAUGUAAGGUAUAAGUUUUAUCUUUGUUAUACUUAGAAAAUAAAACUUACAUGCUUGAAACUUUUUAUUUGAUAAUAUUUUAGAAAAAAAAGUCCUAUCCCUGAAAAUAUUCUUAAUAAAUUUUGUUGUCUAUAUUUAAACUCUAAUUUUAACUCAUACUACAUAAUUUAUUAAUUGAGGAUUUUUAUUUCGAAAAUUGUGGUAGACUGAGGUAGUCACGGAUGUUAGCCUCACAUUAAUUUUAUAACAUAAAUUAUUAUUUUGGUUCAUUAUAAGGAUGCCAGUGGCACUAAUAUUUGCUCCGUGAUGAUCACUGGAAAGCGUUAAAUUAUCACUAAGGGGCACUAGUACCACGUACUUUGUAUAUUAAAAUUUGCUCUGCUUAGGUGUUACUAAGACUUAUACAAAUAUUAAAAUGCUACAAGGCCUGUUACAAGUCCUGCUUAAGCCUCGAUUACACAGAAUAAAUUUACUCUCCGUGUGUCAGCGACCUAAGUCUCGUACGAGUGAGCGUUUACUGAGUUGUUGUUUAAAUUUUAGGGGCACAACCACACGUUGUAAUAAUAAUAAGUAUUAUUUAUAUGAAUUAUAAGUUAAAGUUUGUGAUAUUUUCUUUUAAUUUUUAAAUAUUCUAAUAAAAGUGGAAUAAUAUCUAUGCACUAAGUUAUUUUUCGAUAUACUAAUUGAAGGAAUAUAAGUGAGUUUUUAAAAAUUUACGAACAAUAUCCGUUACUUUGGAAUAUAAAACGUAAAGAUUAUUUUAACAUCAAAUUAAAGGUGAAAUAUUUAAAAAUUACUAUUGACAAUGAAGGUUAAAAAGACGUUUACAAAAAUGUAGUAUUUGAAUAUCUUCUUUCUUAACUAAACCGUAAACCAUCUGUAAUAAAUUAUCAAACGUCUAUUUUUAGAAGCACGAAUUAAGAUAUCUUAAUUUGAGUUUGGAAGAUUUCGGUAAGCUGCACUGCCUUUGUCUUUUAUUAAUUCGCUUAUUAAUGUACUCGGUGCACAAUAUUUCUCUUGUCUAGCAAUCCAAUUUCUAACCCAAAUUCGUCUUCUUAGUUUUCUUUUUUUCUCCAACUCUUGACAAUAAAUGAGAAAUAAAUACAAAAUUUGCUCGAACUACACCCUCCAACAUCUUGCAACCAAAACUAGUCGCAAGCGCACUAGCGAUUUUACUAGCCAUGGCGAUUACACAAAGCGGUGUUUUACUCGCUGGAGUGUAAACUAGCCAGUGAGGAAGCGAUUAGGUCAAAUACAUUGAGCAAAUUACUAAAUUCGCUCAGCUAGUAAAUUUGCCCUGUGUAAUCGAGGCUUUAUGAUGUAGCCCGUUGGGCACUAGUAUAUCUUUAAUCGUGCCUUAGAAUAAUUUAGAAAACCCAUUCGAUUUUUUUAUGGGGGCGAAAGAAAUCUACAUACAGCGUGACCAGAUAACAAGGAAUACAACUAAUUAAUUAUAUAAUAUAUUGUGCACUUCUAUAUAAUUAAUUAAUGUACCGUAAAUAUUAUUAUAAUAUGAUAGUUGUGAUGGAUCGAGGAUGGCAAAAACUAUUGUACAGUAGUAUAAAUCAGAAAAAAGAUAUUAUCAAUUGAAAUGAGCUUUAAUAUAAUGUAUUAAUCAAUUAAAAAAUUAAAUAAUAAUAGAAAAUAUUUUCAUAAUAAAUUACCUACCUACUUUUUGUAGCAUUUAGAGUUGUCUUAAUUUUAAUUAAUUUAACUAGACUUUAAUUUAAUGAUAACUGUUUACACCAUGGUUUAUCACUUGUGUUAUCCAUCAAGUGUAUGUCCGAAUUACGCCAUCUAGUAGAAAUCUAGAUCGUAAAGUGACUAAUUGGGUUGAAUGAUCUAACUUUUGUCUUCACAACAGUUAUAUUGCCAGGAUAUGAUACGGUAUCCCUAUAUUAUUACUCUAUGCAAAUAGCCUGACAGUUAAUAAAAAAGAAAGGUAUAAUAAUAUAUAGGAAUGAAUGCAGCCACUGGUGUAGGUGGGAAAUUGGGAAGAUAAGAUAUAGAUGGUAAUUAAAUGUAUAUCUGUAAGCAACGAUAAACCAUUACUUACGAAAAAAGUAUUCUGAGUGGAGUUGAUAUUGAUACUUUGUCCACAAUAUAUGUAUCAUCUUAUAGUAAAAUAAUUAAAUAGGCUUUAUAUAUUUUCUUUAAUACAAUUAUAUUGUAUUAUUUACCAAUUUUCCCCGAUUCCCCAUGUUUUACCCCGGUUUUUCAUAUUUUCUAGAAAAACUCUUAGGAAAAAAAAUGACCUCUAUAAAGUACCUUCUUUGUGAAAUUCCCUUGUAAAAACUUUGCUAUCGUUAAAAGUUGAAGCAAAAUUACAGGUAAAAAAGUUUUCGAUAGAAAAAACACCGUAAUACUAUACUAUAUUUCGUACAUUUUACCGUUUUUUUUUUUUCGGUUUUUUAAAUAUGAUGAGAAUCAAACGAGAAAACCCCCGAUAAAAUCAAAAAAUGGCGUUCCUAAAGUAUCACAUCCCCACACAGAUUUCUAUUCAGAAAAUGUGUUACACGUAAAAAUCCGAACAAGUAUUCUGUUAGAAAAGUUGAGCACAGAUAAAAAAAAAAAAAAAACAUCUUUGCAAAACUAUAAGCUUUUUUGCUGCACUCAGAAUCAUAAACGAUUUAUAUCACUAAUAAAAUAAACGGUUCUUAUCAAUACCUGCCUACCUGGAAUAAACGAUACAGUAACCUUACUUACUAGAGACAUUAGCUUUUUAAAAAUAUAUACCUAUACCCUGUCUAAUCUAUGAGUAUACCCGUUUGCGCAUACCUGACUGAGCUUUGAACGUUGUCGGGCUUGAUAGAUUGGAAACAAUCGUACUCCAUCGCCGUACAAUUCUGUACGCCAUGCGCUAUCGUCGUCGUGUAUACAGAAAGUUAUAAUAUCUAUAAUACUAUAGUUAAAUAUAGUCAAAUUAAUGGGUAACAUAGACAAAUUAGAAGUAAAUUGUAGCGUUUAUUCAAAUUAAAAUGGAGGCUUUGUGCGAGAAAAUACCCAUACGCGGUAAGGCCGUUAAAACAAAAUAUUAUUGAUAUUUGGUUGCUGCGAGAUUGUUAAGCGGGUGAGUAGAUGAAGCGGUCCGAUAACCGGGAGUGAGAACACAUGAAGAAACAAACGUGUUUUCGUCCGCCGCCGAGUACACCUUAAGUUGGACAAGGUUUAGGUUUUAAUAAUUUAAUCUUUAACAAGAACAUAUUAUAUUUCUACAUUUCCUGAAGGCUCAAAUUGAUAGCAGUUGCCAGUCACAGUUAAUCAUCUAUAUCAGUGGUUGUCAACUGCCGUUUCGCGAAUAAAAGGAUACCGGGCCAUAUUGUAUUUGAAAAAAAAAUAUUAUAUUUUGCUUUUCGAUUGCAACGUUACGUGCAAUUUUUUUGUUUGUUAAAUAAAUAAAUAAAUUCAAUAAAGUUUUUAUAAAUAUGAAGAAAAUAAAAUUAUUUGGUCCGUAGUCCUGCUUAAUAAGGCAUUUACCGGUCUGCAACAGAAAAUAGGUUAAGAACCACUAAUCUAGUAAGGAAACAGUAACUGUUCAUCAUAAGGGACAUUUUAUUUUACUGUCUGGUGCAACCAUAAACUUAUACAUCUAGACGGAACUUCAACAUGAAAACGUAUUCCGAUAGGCGGAAUUUCAUUUCAAAGACAGAAACACUUGAAAUUAUAAACUGAGUUAUUCAAUUGAAUGUCCCCAGAAUGCAAAUUUGUUUUCUCACACUUGACUAUAUCAGCCUACCUCUAUUGAUCUGUUCGAACCGACCACGACUCCUAGUCCUCUGGGUGAAUGUUCCCGUCUAUAUGUACUAGUUUAUUGAUGCCCGAAGGAAAUUUAUCAGGCAGGGGCAUAAUAAAAUCGAACACCUAUAGGUACUUAAAAGAAAAUAAUAUUUAAUAUUAAUUAUUGAAAUUAUGUUUGAAAUUUUGAAGUCCAAGGGGAGCGAAUACCUCUUCCUGGUGGAUGCCCAUGGGUGCUACUGUAUAAUCUUAAAUCAUAAAAGUCAGUUAAAAUGAUGAGAGUGAUAGAUAAAUGGUUGAGUAUUUUAUACAAUAAGCAAUAUCAAGUUAUUUUUUUCUCCUUGUGUCGUUUCGAUGACCGGUUUAUAACCAAAUAUUGCAUUGCCUAUUUGUGGAAUUUUGGAACGAAACCAUCAGAAUAUGUGAUUAAAGUAUGUAAAAUUGAAGAAAAAACAUUUAAAACUCGAGUCUAAAGUAUAAUCAUGGCAAAAUAAAUCUAAUCGAUUUUUUGACAAUUAAAUAUUUUACAUAUUUAGAAGACCACAUCAGCUUAUAACCGCCUAUUUAUUUUAAUCCAGUUGGGAAUAUAUAUAUAAAUCAAUGUUUUAACCAAAAAUAAAAAUCUAGUCACAUCUAACAAAAUUAAUAAUAUUUAAAAAUCUAUAAAACAUAAAAAAAACAAACUUAACGAAUUAUUUUUUGGUACUUCUAUAAGUAAUAAAUCUUAUCAUGGAUUUUUUUAAAUUAUGUAAUCUAAAAUCUAAUUAUGAAGUUGUACUCCCUACUAAAACUUAUUAUUUGAGUUCAUUUUUUAUAUUUUGUUUAAUAUAUUACUAAAAUAUAGUUGUAAUAUAAAUAUUAUAAGCAAAACGUCGACAAGAUGUUCUGUAAUAUAUUUCUAGAAGAAAGAUAGUAGAUACAUAAUCUAUGAAUUAAGACAGAUGACGAAGAGGAGUAAUUUUAAAAUGUUAUAUACAGCGUGAUUUUAAUACAGAAUAUUUUUUAAAUAGAAACCCCCGAAAAUUUAGAACACAAAUUUGAAUAGAGAAUAUUUUCUUAGAAAUUUCGAUAUACACGACACUGAUAUCAGAUUUACUGUUUAUGAGUUAUAACAUUUUAAGUUUAGAUCGAGGAGUAGGAAAGGGUAAUAAAUUGCCUUUUUAUUACCUGGUUCAUGAUAAAUAAAUCACCAUGUAUAGAUUUUACAUAUUUUUUCAAUAUAAAUAAUAAAAAUUAUAAAUGAAAAUGUAAUAAUUAUUACUAAUCUGUAGGACUCGGAACUUGUUGCACUUAAAAUCCACGAAAACCAUCUACAAACGUGAAAAAACUACUUGAAAAAUAUUUAAAAAAGCAAAAACGGUAAAAUGGUUUAAAUGCUCCCUCCCUCUAUAACGGCUUUAACUUAUUUAAUACAAUUUUGUAACACUACAAAACUAAAGUUAUUUUUUUUUUUAAAUACGUGCAAUUUUAUUCAAACAAAAUAAACUUUAGUUAAUAAUUUGUGUCGUGUUAGAAAAUUAUAUUUAAUAAUUUAGAGUCGUUGGAUUCAUUUAAACCCUUCUCCUAUUUGGGUUAGUAAUUUUUUUUAAGUUUUUUUUUCAAGGCUUUUUACAUUUUAAGAGCAAUAAGUCCCGAACCCUACUGAUCAGUAAAAAAAUAAAAUCUGAUACUGUUGAUAAGUAGGCCACUGUUUUAGUUGAGAAGAUGGGAAAAUAAGAUACAUAGUUAUUUAUAUCUCUAAACAACGAUAUACUAUUGCUAAAAAAAAAAACGAGUCUUAGCUAAGUUUGUUUAUACUUGAUUUGUAAGAUCGUAAUAUUUUCUUCAACAUUUGAUCUUAAAAUAAUUAUAAAAAGACCGACAUAUAAGGGCACGUGGACCACUGUAGUUGUAAGUAAGAAGUUGGGAAAUAGAGGGGAAAUCGUAUGUAAAUCUACACGUAACGAUUUACCAUUGCUAACGAAAAACGAUCCAGAGCGGAGUGUUGUUUUGUCAAUAAUAUAUGUCAUAUUUUGAUAAAUUAAUGACGCAUUAAGUACUUAUAUAUUUUCUUUAUAUUAAUAUGUGUUUAACAUUGUAAGUAUUUUCCGGGUUUUUCCCAUGUAUUAUGAAAACAGCUGGGAAAAUCCAAAAACGUCUUCUCCAAAAUACCUCCCCAGUCGGAUUUUCUUUUAGAAAAAAUGCUAUCAUUAAAAAUGGAAAAAAAAUUGUUGGUAAAAAAGUUGUCCAUAGAAUAAAAAACAUAGUAAAACUAAUAGCUACGUUCCUCGUCCCACUCAGAAUCUAAAAUUACUACAUAACACUCUAAUUUACUUUUUUGACUAAUAAGUACCUACAACUUAUACAGUUAUGUCUUCUUUUAAACAAUUUUAUUCACAUAUCCUUCCAAAAAAACAUGCAAAAAUAACCAAAAUGUUUUGAAAAUUUGAUCACGUUUAGAUUUAGAAAAGACAAGUAUAAGCUUAUUAUCAAAAUGUCAAAAAUUCUCUCCAGGAAUGAUGUUUUCGAGAACUAUAAAGUAAUCGCAGUAUGUAUAUUGCAUAUGCGACUAACAAACAGUAUAAUAAACGGCGAAAUUAUUUAGGCAUUUGUUUUCACUCGUUCGUUUACGUUCGGACCAUAUUGCCAAUACGCACCUUUUGUACAUCGAACAUUACUUUUUAUCAUUUUUUGGGAGAUUGACUUCUAACAGACUUGUCUAUCAUUUAUGCAAAAUUAACGGUAUAGCCCGCUGAUUACAUUUGUUAUACACUCAAUCUACGCACAAAAUUGUGAUUUUAAAUACAAUGCACACGCACGUAUGCACAGGUCAUAUUAUAAUCUAGAUUUAUUUUGACCAAUUUUAGCAAAAACCAUCAUUUAAAAAUAAAUAAUGCAGAAGAGUAAUCUGAUACAUCUAAUCUAUUUCAAACUUAUGGUUUUGAAAAAGUAUGUUUAUUAGUUAUUAUUUAUUAAUAAUAAUAUUGUAAUUUGACCUUAGACAUUUGAAGUUUUAUAUUGACCGCCAUAGUUUUAGAACCCCUGUUCAUAAUAUAAUGAUGAUCACGUAAUGGUGGGGAGGACAGCUGUUGCUUUGCUUCAUAUUAAUAAAAUUACUCGAGUAGUAGUGGUUAUGCCAGCCUGGCAGCCACGUGUGUUCAAUUAUGUUAAAUGCUGGGGUAUUUCUAAAUCAUUUAAAAUCGCCCAAUAUUUAGUAAAUUAAUAUAAAUAAUUUUAUGUCAUAUGUUACCAUAUGCAUAUGAUAACAUUAUAUUUUUUUUUUUUUAUGUAUAUCAUGAAUGGUAGGAUUAUUUUUAUUACUAAUUUUAAUUAAUUUAUCAAAUUAGAAUUAUAAAAAAAAAAAUGUAGUAUAUAAUAUUUAUUUAUAUUUUAUUAUUAUUGUAUUUACUUACUAGUUUGUAUCUAUUAUAUAUAGGUAUAUAUUUUUCACAAAUGUUUGAUAUCUAAUUUAUCAAUAAGUUACUUGCAUUAUUAGUAAAUAACAAUUGCAUAAUUUAUUAAACUUAAUUUGAAACUUGAUAAAAAUUUCCUUAACACUAUGUAAGUAGUAUAAAAAAAGAUUUAAACAAAAUUGUUUUACAUUUUUAUUUUUCAGGAAAUAAUUUUGUACCACCGGCCCAAAAUCCUGGUGGGUUUACUUUACUGACUGCUGCCGCCCACAAUCCUAGAAAUUUUCAUAAUAAUCAAGGUGAUAUGAAAAAUAGUCAUAUGUCUAAUAUUGCUCAUGGUAAAAUUAUAAAAUUAAAUAUUGAUUUACUAGAUAUGAUUUUAUAUAAUUCAUAAUAUUUUAGGUCAACUUCAAAUACUAGCUAACCCACCAAAUAUUUCUCAUAGACAGCCAGCAGCUGUAAGUAUAUUUAAAAUAAAGUAUUCAUAGAUUUUAAUCUUAUUGAUAAUAAAAGUUUUUUUUAUUUGAUGCAUAAAUAAACAAAAAAUUAACAUUUUAAAUCAUUCACUUUAAUACUAACAAUAUAUUGCUUAUAUUUUUAUUUAAAUACAACAAUAUAUUCAGUGAGCCGUAAAUCAAUACAGUAUCUAAGUUUGGAUAUUAUUAUAAAUAUUAAGAAUUGAAUGUUAGGCAAAUUAUAAUGUUUUAUAUUAUGGACAUUCUUAAUGAUUUUUCUAUAUAUUUAAUUAAUAAAGAGUAAGUAAUAUAAGAAUAAUAAUUAUUUAAUUAACAUGUGUGGGAACUUGAGAAUGUUUGAAUGAGGGAUAUCCCUACCUAACAUCGGUGUUUGCAAAAAACAGCUUUUUGUGGUUUUUUCUUUUUGGUGUUAGCCUUAGUAUUAAGUUAACUGUUAACUGUCAUUUAACCUAUGCCCCUUUAAUGGUUCACUAUUCAAACAAUAAUCAAGUCUUUGCACAAUUAUUCAAUUAUUUUAUUAUUAUUAAAAUAGUGUUAUAAAAAAAAUUGUUUUAAUUAAAUUGUUAAAAAAUAUAUUUAAUAUUUAUAUAAAACAUAAUUUUAAUAUAAUAAUUAAAAAAUUCAAAUAGAUUAUUACAUUAUGUAUUACAUUUAUUAUCUUUUAUGUAGCUACUUUAAAGAAAUACAUAUAUACAUUGUACAUCUAUUGGAAAUAAUUUUAAAUUAUUUGGCUAGUAAUAUUGUCUGGAUAAGGCUAAGAGUAGUAAUGAGAUAAUAUUAAUUAUUAAGUAUUUAAUGUAAAUUUUAUUGCUAUACAUAUAUAAGUUAAUAUUUAUGUUCUUAGUAAAUUAAUUUUUAUAAUUGUUCAUAAAUUAGACAAUCUUAAUGCUAGUAACAACUAAUAAAAAAACUAAGCUUCUUGCAUUUGAUGCAAAAGUUUUUAUAAACAUUAUAUGUAAAGUAUUAUAUGUUCUAACUUUUUCUAACUAAUUUUUGUUAUGUAUAUUAAUGCUUGCUUUUUGUGCUCAGCUACCCCACCAUAUAAGACCAAAUGCACCACGUAAUUUACCAAGAGGACACUGCCAAUAUCAGGUAAUUUUCGCAACAAAUUACUGAUUUGAUUGAAAACAAUUUGUAAUUUUAUUAGGUAUCUUUGUUUUCUAUAUUUGAGUAGAAUUUCUUUUGACAUGUUUAUAUUUUAUUGUUCUAGUGUGAUAAUUUUUCAAUUAAAUUUCACUUAAAAGAAUUGAUAACAAAUUGUUUUAGUUAAUUAUUAGUAUUUGAACAUAAAUCCUGAAUUCAAACCUAUAUGUUCAUAAUACAUCCAUUAGUGUUAUAUUUCAUUUUUCUGUUCUUUCAAUUAUAUAGAUAUUUUAUGUUGAAAAAUAAUUGAAAAAAGUAUUAUUAAAUUUUAUUAUGGUUUAAAUUAAUAAACUAAACUUUAGAAUUAUUGAUCCAACUAAGGUAAAUUGUCUCUACAUUUUGUGCCAAAGUGCAAUAAGAAAUAAAUAUAAAUAUAUAUAAAAAAAUAAGGUACAGUUUCGUGGUUAAUCAUGAAACUUUAUUCAUAUUUUUUUUAGUUAUGAAAUAACUAACCAUUACUCUGUAACAGAAUAAUAUUUAAAGUGAUCUUACAUAUACCAUAUGCUUUAUUUAUUAAUAUUAGUAGUUUAAUAUUAUGGUAUUAUCUCUGAAAUGUUAUAAACUAUAUUGUUAUUAAUAUUGGUGUUGGAUAUAAUACAUGUGUUAUUGUACUACUGUGUACAAAAUACAUUGCAUAUACCUUACUUAUUAAAUGUUGCAUACAUUUUUGUUUUUCGCCAAAAUUUUAAUAUCAACCUAAAACAUGCUGCUUGGUAUUUUUAAUAAUAUUAGGAUUACUUUUGACUAUAUUAAGAUAAUAGAAAAUACAGGAUGAUUAUUUUAUUAUUUUCCAGUGAUUAUCUAUGGAGAUAUUGUGUACAUUUUUUUUUGUUUUAUUGGAAAUUAAAGAUUUUUUGUACAAUGUGAUUUAAACAGUAUGCUCAAUAAUCAUUAAUUCAUAGUUUGCAUUAGUCAUAUAUACAGCAGAAAAAUAGUCCUAACAAUGACUUAUCUUAAAGUUCAGUCCUUGCUCCCCUUUAGUCCAACCUGUACAUAAUCUCCAAAAUGUUAUUAUAUAUGGACUUAAUAUAUGUAGUUGAAUAUUGUUAAAAAUACUCAAUAUAAAUCUUAAAGUACUAGACAUACUAGAUUACUUCAAACAAUGAAGACUCAAUCAUAACUCUGUUAAGACUGAGAAUCCUACAUGCUACCUCAACAAAAAAUCUGUUAAUCAUUUUGCAGCUGCAGUAUUAAUUAUGAACCCAGUUCAAAAUACCUAGAAUUAUCAUUAGACAGAGUCAGUCUUCAUGCUCAAAAAAUACUUAACCAUGGUGUGGGCAAAUUAGUUUCUUCAACAAUAUUGUAUAAAUUUUAAUAUUCUCAGAACCUCUGCUGUUAACCUAGUGUAAUUAUCUGUGUUCCAAUCUGGUUAAAUAGUAUAUUAUACAGGUCAGAAAGGUUAUAUUUAACCCAACUGCAGCAUGUGAGACUGAAUCAUAUAAUAAAAUCCACUCCUCUCCAAUGGCUUCUCUAAGCUACAUUGAACCUACUUCAGCUAUGAUGUUUAUCACCUCUAAAGGAAAUAAAUAAACUUAGAUGCUACAUUAUUACUCAUCCAUACUUUUGCAUAUCCUAUUCAGAGUCCCACAAAACUCAUUUUCCACCAUGUAAAUUUGCAAUCACAUUACAAUAUUGACUUCAAUUAACCAGAGAUUUAGAGAAAGUAAUAGGAAACUUCAAAAAUUGCUGAGCAGCUAUAUUUAAACCUAUUGUACACAUUAUCUACAAAAGAAAGUGGACAUAAAUUAAAUUGUAUGUGUAUCAGAUAAAAAAAAUGUUGGUAACAAAUUUUGUUACUAAGUCCAAAUUGUGAUUAUGGCAUCCAAACCAAACCAAAUAACAUGGCAUUUAUUAACUGAAUGUCUAAUGAAGGCAUUAAAAAAAAUAUUUAAUUUCUCAUCAUAAUGUAGUUAUUUGUUUCAUUCCAUUAUUGUUUUUGAGUGUGUAUUACAUUUUUAAUCACAUAAGUAUAUUGUUUUGUCACUUAGUUAAAUGAAUAACUUUAAUGGUUCAGUGUAUUUAUUUAACAAUAUUUUGAAAUACAUAUUGUAAACAUAUAUUGUAACAUUUUAUAAACUAUUGAUUUUUAAAUAGAAAAACCUAUUUAUAACUCCAUUUGGAAAAAAAAAUUUUUUAAAUUUAUUUCACAAAAAUCAAAUAUGCCUUAUAUGAGUUAUAGCUUAUAACAGUUUAAAAUAUAUACUGGAUGAAAAAUAAAGGGUUGUCUUAGAAAUUAAAUUAAUUACUUCUCUGGUUUAAAUGUAAAUUGUUAUAAUUCACUAGCUCUAAUCUGUGAUUUCAUCAUUCAUUUAUAAUGCUUUUUCUACAGAGUAUGAGAAAGGUAAAUAAUGUUUAAAUGUUUAUAAAAUAUACUCCCUACAAUUAGAAAUAGUAACAUUAUGUAAUUUACAUUAUUGAUUUAGCUAACUUAAAAACACAAAAAUGUUAAUGCUUCCUAAAAAUUACCAAUUUACAUAUCAUUCCGUUCAACAUUUGUAACUUUUAAAAUUACCCUAAAAACAUUUAAUUAUUAACAAAUUAUCUCCUCAAAGUUUUGAGUUAUUAUUAAGCGUAUAUUUAAUUAGUUUUCAUAUAAAUGUUGGCAACAGUGAUAAGAACAAUAUUUCUGAUAGGAAAAAUUGUUGUUAGUAGAUGAAUGAAAAACAUAAUAAACCCCAUACAUCCUUGCUUGUACUAAUAAUAUAAAAUGCUUAUAUCUCACUUAAAGUUCAAAAUAUCAAAAAUAGCCAAUAUAUAUAAACAAAUAAUAUUCUUACCUUUAAGUUUGAUUGUACGUCAAUCCACGUUUAAACUAAUACCACAUUACUGGUUCACAAAUUCCCCUUUGUUGUAUGUUCAUUCAUCACAUGUGUAUGUGUUUUUUUUUAUAAAUAAUUUGUAUAUAUUGGAAAAAACCAGUUAUACUCUCCAAAUGUCCAUAGAUAAUUACUGGUUUUAAAAAAUUACUCUUUAUAAAUAGAAUAAAAAUACGCAUAUUAACUAGUUUUAAUUUUAUAGUUAUACAUGUCUGGAAAUCAUAUCCAGGCCUAUCAAGGAAAUGGUAGCCAACCAUAUUAUCAAUAUCAACCACAGGUACUAAAUUCCUACUUUAAUUACUCAAAAUUUUUUAAUUAUAAGGAAAUUAUUCUUAAAAAUGUGUUUUAAUGUCUUAGGUAUAAAUAAAAUAUGUCUAUUAGUUUUUGAAAAAUUAAUUUUGUGUUUAACUUACAUUAAUUAAAAUAUAAUAAAACAUAACAUAUUAUAUUGAUAUUGUUGUUUUUAAAAAUGAUUUAUUGUUUAAUGGUGUUUAUUUUAAUUUAAAAAGUGAAUAAGAUUUACCAUUGAUAUAUUUUUAUUUUUAAGGGAACUGCAUGUGACUUGUUUUUUUCCAAAUGUUCUCACAGGGCUUCUGCUCAGAGUAGUCUGAUUUUGAUUAUUUUUUUAUUAUUGUUAUUGGAAAGAUGAAAACUUCUUACUGAGUGCUUUUGACUUUUAAAAUUGUAUUUCCAAAAUCUAUUAUUAGAAUUUGAAUAGGACAAAUAAUUUAGUAUAUUUGUAUGGUUUUUGUUAUACUAUAAAUGUAAGUCCAGUGGUGCCUUGAAGAAAAUUGUCUUCUCUCAAAUAAAAAAAAUAUAUAUAUAUAUUUAAAAACAGACACCUUUUCAAAGUAAGAGAAAUAAUCCUGUAAACCAUGUUUUUAACAAAUAGAACGACCCAUGCUUUGUCCCUAAUACAAUAAUUAAAACUGAUGAUAUUUUUUGUUAAGAUUGUAUAUGUUAACUAUUUCUAAAAAAAAAAGCAUUCGUAACUAAAUAUUUAUUGUAUUUUUUCAGGCUGCACAAGGUACUACUGUCAUUGUGCCAUUUAUACCACAAAAUUACCAUACUAAUCAACAAGGUAUGUUAAGUAUUGUGAUAAUUAUUAAUAUUUCUUUUUAUUAUAUUACAUAAAUGAAAAAAAAUUGAUUAUUCUAUUGUUUUUUUAUUACACCAUAAAUUAAUCGAGAAUCUUAUCAUUUUCAAAUUUUGAUAAAAUAAUUUUGUUAUUAAUAAAGUUUAGUAUACUUUUUAUAAUAAAACUUAUUAUUUAUUUUAUAUGGGGUUUUUUUUUCUUGUUUUGUACAUUACCGUGUAUAUUAAGAGUGUCAUAUUCACAUUUACUGUUCCAUUUUAACUAAUAGGCAAAACAACUUAUCUCGAAUAUAAAUUGUGGUGUUAAGAUUGAAAAUAGAGUUUAAAAACAUAUAACGAAAUUUAAAGAACAUAAUAUUCGAGGGAUCUGUAAAUUUAUUUUCUAAAAUAAAAUUGAAGAGAAUAAAAACAGCCAUAAUAUUUUUGUAUCACAAUUAAUUUAGAAAAAACUUCUAUGUGUAGUGAUUAUAUUUUUAAUUUACACUUAAAAAGCAUAAUGUUUUAUUUAUUUUCCUAUUGCUUAUUUCAUCACUUGCAACAUAUAAUCAAGUUUCUUAUUAAGAGUCAAAAAAAAAAAUUUGAUAUAUAAGAUUUGUUUUACAUUUUUUAAUAAAUUACUUUUUAUUUAAUAAUGCUUAUUAUAUGAAGGUUAAUGCAAAGUUUAAUUUAAGAUGAAUAAAUUUGAUCUACGUUUAAACUCAUCAUUUUUCUAGUUAGUUCUAAAUAAAUACAAUAGUUGUUUUAUAUUUUUAUUUUGGUUUUCAGGUUUUUUAUUUAAUCAUGCAUCAAGCAGACCAAUGGUCAAUAUACCACAAGGACUUCAAAAUACUCCUGUGGCCAGUAUGAGUGCAGCUUUGAGUACUGCUCAAAACUCCCAUGGGGCAUCCCUUAUUGUACAGCCACAGCCUAUGGAAAUGACAUCCAAUUCACAACCUUUACAAGUACAACAGCAACAACCAUCUACUCCUAUGCAACCACAAGAACCUAGACCUCAGAAAAGAGUUAAAAAUAUAAUCAAAAUUACUCACCCUGAUACUGGAGCUGAAAUAGACUUACGUAAAAAUAAUGCUGCUCCAGUAAGUUAAUAUUUGUUUACCCUAUUUAAAUGUAUAAAUUCCUUUGUUUUCUUCAAUAUAAUUAGCAAUCAAUUAUGUAACCAACAAAAUUCAUUACAACAUGAUUGGAUGUUCUGUAUUUACAGCUUUGUUUAUAUUAUAGUAAUAUUUGGAAAAUCUCAUUUAAAAUUUUUUUUUUAUUACUAAAUUUAUAAUUUAAAUUCGAUUAAACAAGCAGUAUUUGUAUAAAUAAAGUUGUAUGUUAAUUUAUUUUUUAGAGUCCUACUGAGUUAGAAAAAAUGAAAGUUCAAAGCCAAUUCCAAAGCCAGGUUCAGAGUGUUGUAAAGAAAGACGAUAGUAAAGUAUCUGAUGAUAAUCAGGUAAAUAAAGGAAUUUAUUUAAAUAAUAGUAAGCAAAUUAAGAUUAUAAAAUUAAAAAAAAAACUUAAAAUACAGAAUUUCCAUUUGAGUGAAACUUAUAUUUACUAAACUUAAUGAUGAAUUAUAAACUUUAAUUCUCACAUGAUCUUUAGAAAUCUUUCAAAAUAUUUUACAGAACAAUGAAGGAGGAGAGAAAGUACGAAAUGAAUUUGUAUCUCAAGUGAAAAAAUUGGCUAGCAAACCUAAUUCAGAUCUUGAAGAUGAUGAUAUUCCUACAAAAUCCAUAGAAGAGGGGGUUGAAGCUCAAUUACCUGAAGAAGUUUCUGUAAUAGAAGAAAGUAAUUUUAUUGCUCCUGUUGUGGAUGAUGUCUCAGUUGAAAAAAUUGAUUCAACUUCAACUAUUGAUUUAUGCACAAACACUGAAGAAGUUUUGGAUAUCCCUAAAAAUAAUAACGAAACUAAAACAGAUUUGUUACCUAGUUCCAUACCAACUCGUGAAUUACUACCUCCAAGUACUGAUAUUGCCAUUGUUCCAGAGGAAUCCAAUACUAUAAAAAAAAAUCCAGAUGAACAAUCUGUUAAACCAGGUAAUAGCUUACAUUUGUAUUAAUUUUAUUAGUUCAUCUAAUACAGCGGUUCCCAACCUAAAGGUAAAACACAAUCUUUUUGAGGGGUAAAAGACUACCUAACCUAAUUAAAUUUUAUUAACUCUUCAUCAGGCAUAUAUGGACUAUGAUUUUAAUAGUUUUUUUUUUUUGUGUGGGGGGGUAUUUGUUAAUAUCUGAUUUAUGGGUAUUAGUCUAAAAAUGUUGAGAACCGCUUAUGCAAUCAAUUUUUGAGUAGAAGAUAACUACCACUUAUUGUUGACCUUCAUAUAAUUUUAAAGCAUUUCAAAUGUUUAUAUUUUUAAUUAUUUAUCAAUUUUAUUACAAAAUGUGAUUAUUGAUGUUUUUAAUGGGAUAUACUCAAUUUUAUUGAGUUGUAAUGCUUGUUAAGAAUACCAUACGAUAAUAAUAAUAAGCAAAGAUCAAACAAAUAAUUAUAAUAUAAAUUGUGGUUCAAAUAUUUUUCUCAGAUGUGGUUAAUUUUUUUUGUAACCUCGUUAUCACUAAAACUCAAUUUUGCAUCAUUUAUGCAAGUGUGCAACUCAAUUUUUUUUUUUAUUCGCUAUUAAAACGUUACAGGCUCAUUCCAGACUGAUAUUUAUGCAACCCACACAUAGUAUAGUAGUUAAAACUCGGCCAUGUAUUAUUUAAAAUACGCCUUAUAAUAUAAAUAGUUCAAUGAAUAUUAAUAUAUUGAUAUGUAUAUUAAAUAUUAUAUUAUACGUAUUGUAUUUUAAGCUCAGUUUAGACAAUCAAAUAUUUGGCGAAUGGUAUACUUCUUAGGCGAAACUUGGAUAAAAAUUCUAGGAGGGGUUGGCUAUUUUCCCAAACAAAUUUAUUUGCUUCAAUUUGAUAUGUAAUAUUAUAUUAUAUUUUAAUAAUAAUCAAAAAAUAAUUAAAUAAGUACCUACUUUAACUUUUUAUAUCAUAUGCAUAAGUAUUUUGUAAGAAUUAGAAUCAAAGUGUAGCAAGGAAUAUAUUGGUAUAUAUAUGAUGUAAUGUAUGUGUCUUACAAUUAAAGAUAUUUCCUUGUAAUUUUGAAUAUAUUUUCUAAAAAAACCCCAAUUCAUAAAUGUAAAUAAAUCCUGAUUAUGACAGAACUGUCUAAUAUCUUAGAAAAGAACUUACUAAAAUAUUUAAUUGUGUGGACUGGGUUUUAUAUAAAGAAAAAUUUUCAAACCAACAUUUUAACUAUUGAUUGUAUAUGACAGAGGUUAUCAGAUUCAGUAAAGUUAAAACAAGGAAGUAGGAACUUUUCAGGAAUGAAAAAUUAUUGGAACAAUGAAUUUGAGAAAUUCAAAUCAGUUUCUUAUUAUUGAUUUUUUAUUUGAUGAUUAAAUCUAUUAGUUUCUAACUUUGUACAUAACUAAUAGCUGAUCCAUAAUCUUAUCUAAGGCUUGUGAAAAGAAUUUGGUACUUGGGUAUUAUAUUAUUAUAUUUAUUUAUUACUUCAAUAUUCUUUCAUUGUAUAUAACUAUAGUAGAUCACUAUAAAACUCUGGUAUAAAAAAGUAAAAUAUUUUUCUCACUUGUAUUCCGCGUCGGGUCAUGAAUGAACCGGCCUGCCGAGUUUUACGAUUUUCACUGGUAACUCAUAUGUUCAAUUCAGGCCUGCUUGUAUUUACAAUAUUAAAUUAACGAUAAUGAAUUAUCUGUUAUCGCGAAUUUCAAUUAUUUUAUCAUCGGUUUUAUUUCAUUUUGAUACGAUUUUUUUUAAACUAUUCCCAUAAUAUGGCUAAACUGUGACCAUUGCUGUCAAAUAUUAUCAAAAAAAGUGAUUGGCUAUGUUGGUAUAACUUACCGGUAUCAACUGUUUGCUGUUGUAGAGGUCGUUUGUUGCCUUUCAAAUUGUUUUAUUAUUUUUCCUACAUUUAUUUCUCAGUAUACAACUUGCACGUGUUUUUAUUUGGAUAUUAUUUUAUAUUUAUUAUUUUCAUUUCAAUUUUAUUGUUUGUUUUAUCCUGGGGCUUAGUGUAUUUUAAAAUCGUAUUUUUGUUGGAAGAAUGUUUAAUUAGUUAUUUUAAAGUACUAUGAAGGGACCUUCAUUACCUAUUAGUGAGUACUAAUUUUUAUUUUGAUUAGUAUUUAUUAAGUUUGUAUUUAUACAAAUUUAUGGCAUUCGAUCGAAAAUGAAAAUUCACUUUUAUUGUUAGAUCUUCCGGCAAUGAAAAUUUAAUAAUUAUAGGAACUAUACCCAUUCAACCAAAAUCCUGAGUUUCAAAAUUUAUUCUCAAUUUAUUACAAUUAUGAUUUACUCUUAUUCAAAUUACUUGAUAUUAAAUGAAAAAUAGAUAAUAAAAAAAUGUUUGUUCUUAUAAAUCUGGAUUUCAUUGAUUUUAAAUUGUUUUAAAUUUGGUUAAUAAUCUGAAAUUUGAUUUGUUAUGUAAACAUUUGAAACAUUUCUUUUUAGUUACAAUAAUUUCUUGUUAACUAUCAAAUAAAUGGGUGUAUAAAAAUAAAAGUGUAUUCACGGUUAUAAUAUUAGGGUGUUAUAUUAAUUUUGUAUACUGUCGUCAUCAUUUACAUGAUAUCUUUACUGAUUUUUAAUUAUUAUACUUUUAUUUAUUAUUUAUAAUUUGUUGUAUAUCAUAUUUGCAUGGGGAAUUUAUUGCUCACAGUUCUUUUAAAUGUUUGCCACUGUUAUUUAUAAUUAAUAAUGGUCCUGAUAUUAUAUAUCACUUUAAAAGGAUUAUAUAACUGUAUUAGCCAACUUUAAUGUAAUGAAUAAAUUGUCUUUUGUAAUAAGCGAAAUAAUGAUUCAUUAUAAUACUUUUUUUUUGAAAUUAAAAUUAAACUAAACUGUAAAAAGAGAAUGAUACAUGAUCCAUUAGUAUACCUAAUAUAUGUAUAUCUUGUCACCUAUUUUUAGUUUUUGCAUCAUUGGUCUAUUUCAGACCAUUCUGGCAGCCUGUGUGGCUUUUAAACUAAACAUCUGCUUGAUGUUAUCAUUUUAGGUAGUAGAAAAACAUAAGCAUUUUAUUUAAGAUUGAGGUUUAGUUUGUUUUAAUUUAUUUUAAUGUGAAUGUAUAAUAAUAUAUUUUAGUUAAAUCCAAAAAAUCUAAAAACAAGAAAAAGAAAAAUGUAGUGGCAGAGACUGAUGAAACAAUUAAUGUACAAUCUCCAAAAGAUAAUGAACCUGUUGUUACUGUAAGUAAAAAUUUUAAAAAUCAUUACUGUAAUUGGUUAAAUAAAUUAUGUAUAGAAAAUAAAAAUAAGGUUAAAAUACUUUAUUUAUUUUUGCCUCUGAACUAACAGCUGUGGAAAAACUGUGAACGUUAUCCCUUUAUGUAAAACUUUUUAAAAUUCUUACAUAACAUUGACAUUGUGGUUGAAAUAAUAAUUUAUCAUGAUUGAUACUUUUUUUUGAAGCAACUAAUAGAUUUCCAUACAUAAUCGGCUUAAAAAGUUACUUGAUACUAAACACAAAUGUUAAAAUUCAAUUUGGUAAUAAAUAUUGUAUGAUGUAUUUUAAUUAUGUAGCAAGAAAACAAAGAAAAUGAAUUUGUAUUGCCAAUUGACAAUGAAGACAUAUCACAACCAGAACCUCAAAAAGAAGAAAUGGAAACAGAAACUAAAGUUAUUGAAAUCCAACCAGAAGUAGUCCAUAAAUUGCCAAGUUAUUUAGACAAAUUGCCUUACGCUGAAGGUUUGAUUGUUAUUCUUUUUCAAAUUGUAUAUACAAUUAUAAUUAUUUAUAGGUCAAUGGAGUGUUUCAAACAAAACUGGUAAUAGAAUUUAUUCAAAAUCAUUUUUAUUACAACUUGGAAAUGAGCCUAUUUGUCAAAAGAAACCCGAUGUAUUGAAAAGCUGGAUCAGUAUUACAAAAUCAUCCAAUCAAACACAAUAUGGUCAAUUAGGAGUAAGUAUUAUAAAGGCAAAUAAUAUAAUGUAAUAUAAUAUAAUUUUAAUUAAUUUUAGGUUCUGCCUCAUAGUGUACACAGGUCUCAAAGUGCUAGUGCAACAGGCUUUAUGCCUUCCUAUUUAAAAACUAGUAAUAGUCAACGAGCUGGUAUGCCUAUGAUGGUAAAUAUGUCAUUAUUAUUAAAAAUUCAACUUGUUAUUAUAUAAAGAUAAAAGGCUAUUGUUUUGUAAUUGUAUAAUUUAUUUUUAGCAACCUGGUGUUAAAAGAAAUAGUAGUCAAGGAAAAACUGCUAGUAAAACAGCUAAACCAAACACCAUACAUAUGUCACUUUCAUUGAGAGAAGAAGUUAAACUAAAUCAGACUGAAAAUGCUUGGGUCCCAACAGCUGCAAAAAAAGCUACUAAAGUGGAUGUAUCCAAGAAUAAAGAUGAAGAUGAAUUAAAAACUGAGGUAUGAACUUAAGCAAUGUUAGGCAUGUUAAAUUUAAUACAUGUUGAUUCAAGGUAAUUAAGGUUAUUAAAAUCAAACAUAAACACAUUAUCCUCUGAAGUGACUUGGGUGUUUAUUUUUAUUUUUCAUUAUUGUUUUAUGGAUAAUAAACUUCUAAAUCACUAUUGGACAAUUAUAUCUAGAAAUAUAUUGAGAUUAUUAUUAUAAUACCCAUUUACAGUAUUCUACUUCAUUAUAUAUAUAUAUUUUUUCUUUUUUGAUAAAAUAAUAGUAUAACAUAUAAUUAUUUAAAUUUUAUACAUAUGUACAUUUUACAUUUUAUACAUUUUGAACAAAUAUUAGUAAUAAAUUAAGAUUAAUAUUAUAAUUUUAUACUUUUUGAUAGUCUCUGUUUUCAAUUUUAAACACUUAUAACGUAUUGAAAUAGUUUCUCUUGAAUACUUUAACCUUUGGUAAUAUCUCUAUAUGCGAUUGUAGAAUAGUAUAUUUCAUAUUUAACAAAGACACCAUUUACUAUGGUUUAAAAACAAAAGUUUUACAUUGAGUUAUUUUAAUAUUCUUAUUUGGGUGAUGGAGUGAAAAAAAAUAAAAUUGGAAAUGUAUUAAUUGCAAAAGAAAUUGGAUUAAAAAAUUAUGUGGGGUCUAAAUUUUUCUUAAAACUGAAAAAAAGGGGAGAACCUGUGAUAAUAAAUAAUUAUUAUUUUAAAUAAAUGAUUUUUAGCCAUAAAAUACCUAUGCAGUUUGUCAACGUGGUUAUGCAAGCAAUUUGUUGAACUAUUAUAGUGGCUAUAGGCAUAUAGCAUGUUGAUUUAUUGUAAAUAUAAUUUUACCAUUUGCGUUAUUGUGCUAUAAAUAUUGUAGCUAAUAACUUUUUUUGGGAGGGGAGAAUUAUCUACCAACUGAUUCAUGUUUAUAAAUGAUAUUUUUAUUUUGAAUCAUGUUGUUGUUAUCCUUAGUAUUUAAAGCAGGAUAACAACUAUUCAUUAACAUUUCCAGAAAGACAAUUCAAUCAACAAAUUGCUUAAAAACAUGUAGGUUCUCACUUAUUUGAAAAACCAAAUUCAUUAUUGCAACAGUAUUAUCAUUUUUUGUAUACUAUUUUCAUUAAUAUCUAUAAUAUUUGUAUUAUUUAAUAUUAAAACAUUUUGUGUCUUCACAAAAUAUUAUCCAAAUUAUUAUUUUAUUUUAUGACAUAAGAUAAGUGAGUGUCCCAGAGGAUAUUCUAUUUCCAUAUUAAUGUGUUUUUUAUGUUCAUUCAUAUUUCAUCUGUUUUACAUAAGACUGGUUUUUUAUAACAUACAGUUUUUAUUAAUCUAUAUUUCAGUGUUUAUAAAUUAUAUAUUUGUUAUUGAAGCUAAUUCUAUUGAUUGCAGGAAGUCAAUAAAAGUGUCAGAUCAAUUUUAAAUAAAAUUACACCAGAGAACAUGGGUCCUUUAACUGAACGUUUUAGAGCAUUACCAAUUGAUACUGUUGAGCGACUGGAGAAAACAAUUGAUUUAGUUUUUGAAAAGGUUAUAUAAAUGCAAUUAAUAAAAUGCCUCUAAAUUGUUUCUUGUCAACUUGUCAUUUAUCUUAUUGAUUUUUAUCUUCAAUUUAAGGCAAUUGAAGAACAAAGUUUUGCGCCUCUUUACGCGUCGCUUUGUUCAGCUAUGCAAUCUGUGCAAGUGAGUUCUGGAGAAGGUGGACAUAAGAAAACAUUUAAGAAGCUAAUUAUCAGUAAAUGUCAGAGCUUAUUCGAAUUAGACAAGGCACAAGAAAUGGAUUCUGCUAAGAAACUCUCAGAAAUAACUUCUUGCAAAGACCCAGUAAUUUAAAAAUAUUUCUAAUUAACAACUUAGGUAUACUUAUAUUAAAUAAAUUAAAUCAUUGUAGGAAAAGAAAAAAAUACUUCAACUAGAAUAUGAAGAAAAUGAAAGACGAUUGCGUAAGCGUUCUGUAGGAAACUGCCGGUAAAUAAACCAGAUUAAUUAUGUUUUUAAAAAUUUUAAUUUAAACAAAAUUUUAUUAUUAGAUUCAUUGGUGAAUUGUUUAAACAAAAGAUUCUCACUCCGAAUAUUAUGUUGUACUGCAUUGUGAACUUGGUCACUAAGCAUGUAGAAGAACCACUGGAAUGUUUAUGUAAUUUGUUAAAGACUGUUGGAAAAGAAUUGGAACAAGUAAAUAUAACUUUUAAUUAAAUUUACUUUUAUUACAGGUCUAUAUAAUUUUAUAUUUAUUUCAGUCCUACAACCUAAAUGACAUUUUUGAUAAGCUAAAACAAUUGACUUCCAAAGAAAUGAAAUCAAAAAUUCCAUCAAGAAUUAGAUUUAUGAUACAAGAUGUAAUAGAUUUACGAAAAGAUCAAUGGGUACCUAGGCGUAAUGAUAGUAAACCUAAGUUAAUUAAUGAAAUAGAAAAUGAUGCUAAGAAUGAAGCCAUGGUACAAUCACUGGCACUAUCUUCGUUCAAUAGGUCAGAUAAACUGCAACGAGAUCAUCAUCGUGGUGAUGAAAAGUUCAGAGGUGGGGAAGGCCGUGAUAAUAAAAAUCGCCGUAAGUAUUCUAUUUUGAGUUAAAAAAUUUAGACUUGGUUUGUAAGUGAAACAAAUAUACAAUAUCUUGUACAAAUUUAGUUCACUAAGCUGUAGCCAUUUAAAUAAUUUCCUAUAAAUAAUUACCUACAAAAAGUAAAAUUAACUAAAAAUUUCUUUCAUGUGUUUUUAAAUGAUUAAAUUUGUCUAAUCUUCUCUCUGAUAUUAAAAAUUUUAAUAUUGAUGAAAUAUUUUACAUGAUAAUAACACAUUCUUAAUUUACUUAUCAUAAUAUAUUUGGUGAGAGGUUUAUAUUAGUUUGAUAAAUGAUCAUUGAAUAUUAUUUUCUUCUCAGGAAAUGACAAUACCGAAUGGAAUGUUGUUCAGAAUGCAAAAUUUAAACAACACAAUUAUACAAUCGAUCAAUCUAAACUUCAAGGAUUUAAGGUAAAUAUAUUAUUUAAAACAAUGGGUUGAACUCUUAUUUCCGACAUUAAACUGAACUUUUAUGUUUUUCUCACUGAACCAAACCCAUGUAAAUUUUUAGUUAAACUAAAAAUACAUUCAACUAUAAUUACAAUUUUUUUUUUUUUUUAAUGUACAAAAGAAAUAUUAUAAUGAGUUUUUAUUUAAAAAAAAAAAAAGUUUAUUUAGUGUCUCUUUGAAAAUUGUAUGGCCAAAUCAGAAUGCUGUGUAGUUUAAUAGUAAUAAAGUUUACUUUAUUUUGUAAUCUUAAAUCGAGAUAUCAAUUAAUACAAUGUACAUCAAAGAAAUUAGACAAGUUAUGUAUAUGAACAAUAUUAUGAUUUACGUGAUAUUGUUAUCUACUUAUGAAUCAAAAAUACAUUUUUCAUAUUUUGGUAAAAAUAUUACUAAUGCAAACAAAAGUAUAUCCCAUAUAUAACAAUAUUAUUUACAAUUUUUCGAGUUCAAUUUAAGAAUAAUAUCAGACCUAAGUUUGGUUUGAGAUUUGAACACUUUGGCCCAUUACUAGUUAUUUGAGAAUUAAAUUUAAUGACAAGCAUUUUAUAUUAGAGGCCAUUUAAUAAAAAACCAAAAUAAAAAUAGCUGUUAUUAAUAAAUGCUGAAAUCUUCAAUAAUUGUUUUUCUAUUCACUAUUAGAAAUUCUGUAUAUAUAUAUGUAUCAUGUAUUGUAUUCUAUUGGUGCAGUUUCUUUGUAUAAAAUAUUAGUGUACUUUGGACUGUAUAACAAAUAAUAAUUUUUUAGGAUCUUGCUGUUACUACUUUGGGCCCUUCGUCAAAAUGGUCGUUUCCAAUUAAUUCAUCUAGCGGGAGCAAAAAUAGUAGUUUCACAAGUAGUAACACAUUUGCUGCUCUCAAUGAUGACAAAAAAUCAUCAACCACUUCACAAAUGAUGUAAAUAAAUGUUUUCAAUUAUAUAUUUUAUUUUUGAUGAAUUGUAUUAUUUUUUAGGUCAAAUAAAAAUACAUCAAGAAAGCCAAUUAUAUCAGAAUCUGAAGAAAGACAGAGAAUGAUGUCUGGUAAGAUUUAACACAAGAAUAAAUUAAAUGCUAUAUUACUAUUCAAAUUGUAUCACUUAGGUGUGGCAAGUAUGAUGAUGCCACAAUUUGCUCAAACAUCUCAAACACCAAAUUCAAUAUCAUCAUCUCUGCCUUCUAAAGAAACAACCACUGCCAUUGAAGAACCAGUGAAUAUUGAAUUAGCCCCUAAAAUUGUUGACCAAAUAAAUUGGCUGUGUAAAAAUAUCUUGCAUGAAUAUUCUCAAAUGCAAAACGUAGAUGUAUGUAUUGAGUUACAAAAAAUUAAUAACUUAAUAUUACUUACCAUAUUUUAAUUACAUUUGUUUCAUACUCUUAGGAUAUAGUGUAUUCACUAACAGAAAAUUCCUUCAUGAAAACUCGACAUCAAGAAUUUGUUAAAGCUAUUGCACUUAUAACAUUAGAUAGCAGUCCUAAUAGCAGAACAGUUGCAGGGAAGAUAUUUGCUGAACUUUUGUCUUACAAGCAUAAAGAUAAUGUUAAAGUUAUUUCUGUAGUGGAUAUUACUCAAGGGUACUAUUACCAUUAAAUAAUUUAGAGAAAUGCGAUAAUUAUUAAGAUUGGUUUUUUUUUUUUUUUUGUAGAAUUGAUGCGGUUCUUAAAGAUUGGAAUGAUUAUUUAAUGGAUUAUCCACAAUUUUUUUCCUAUAUUGCUGAUAUCAUUGGUGAGUUUUUUUUUUUUGCAGAAGUUAAGUUUUAAAUAACAUUUUAUAAAUUAAAUAUUCUCUUUUAUAGCUCCACUAUUAAUCUCAAAGACUGCUUGUUUUGAAAUAAGUAAUUUAAAAGAUUCUUGUACAUCUAUAUGUCCUGACAAUGCCAGUGUUUUUUUCACUGAAAUAUUACAUAAAAUUUUGAGUUCUAAAGAAACUCAGAACAUAAAAGAAGUAAGUUUAUUAUUGUAUAUUUUUUCCUUAUAUUUAUACUUUUUUAUGACAUUUAGUUCAAAAAAAUUUUAAAAUGCGAGAAAUGUCAGAAAGUAGUUUAAGCCAGAGAUUUUUUUUUAAUUUCACUACCUCUUACAAAUGUUUAUUUUUAUAUUUUUGUUAUGUUAUAAUGAAGAUGUUAAAAUUAAAAUAGAUUAGUUUUCAAGCCAUAUAUUAUUGUAAUUCUGAUUAGUGGGGAUCCUUUAACCAUUGAAUGAAAAAUGUGUUCCAAUGACUUAGUGUCCUGGAGUGGUGACUGGUUUUAUAGAUAAAUUGUUGAUUUUUAUACAAUUGGGCUGACCUAGUGGCCAUGCUCAUGGUUAAGGAAACGAAUCUGUGACAUGAUAAGAUUAUGUUAAAUUAUAUAUUCAUAAUUAUUAUUUAAAUUUUUUAGCAAGUUGGUGGAAUUUUAUGGGUGUAUAAUAAAUGGAGGCUAUCCGAAUAUGUACCUUUAGAUGUUUUUAUGCCCAUUAGUCAAAUAAAUAAACAUUUUAAAAAUGAUGUAAGUAUUAAAACAUCAUUACCUAAAUAAAAUGAUAAUGAUCUGUUAUUGGUAUUUUAGCGAGUUGGAGUAUUUCUUUUAUCUGUGACUAUUUAUGAUAAAAUGAGGAUGACUGAUCCUAAAUUAUUGUCCGAAAUAAUGAAGAGUUGGAUAACUGUAAGUAGACUUAUUUACAGUGUUAUACAAUGGGAUAAAUGUGAGCACAGUGUAACAUUUUAUAUUGAUUUUUAGACAAAUAUUAGUGCAGAAAUAAUCAAAUGCCCACAGUUUAUGCGUGCUUUAACCAUUGCCAUUGUUAUGAUAUGCUUAAGUAAGUUGGCAUCAAGAUUUUCAGUGUUCCUCUUUUUAUUGUAACUGGUUUUUUUUUUUUUUUUUUUUAUAGAACCUAAUCAUUCGUUUGAAGAUUUCUUUGACCAUGUGAAUGUCAAUUUGUUAACACAUUUCAUCAGUGAAUAUGGAUCUGAAAUUCAGCCACGACAAGUUCAAUGUUUGUACGGUAUACAAAUAAUGUCUGCUGCACUUGAGCAUCCUGGUGGUAAGUUACUAACCUUCUUUAAUAAGAUGUCUUAUAAUAAGUUCUUUUUUCUAUUAGGUAUGGUAUUAAAACUCUUCCACAAACUUUAUGAAGACAGUGUCAUUUACAAGGAUUCAUUUGAAUUUUGGAAGAAUGAUUACGAGUUCAAAGUUGGAUUUGAUGAAGACUUGGAAACUAAAACAAUGGCUGUUGUCGUAUUGAAUUCUUUCUUCCUAUCACUUUCGAUAAAUGAAUCUGAUGACGAUGACACAGUCGAUCAGUAG